GAACCGCCAUAAAUGUUGUUGUACGGCCCGGCUGCGUUAGGUUUCCUGUUCGCUGUGACGACUCCAGGAUUCCUGCCCGAUGAAGAGCUCGAUCAUUUGGUGGUCCUUUCUCGUCAUGGGGAGCGGUACCCCUUGUCUCCGGUGCCAGAACUGGGAGAUUUCUCGUUAGGAGCUCUGACACCAAACGGCUUCACGGAGGAGAAGAACUUCGGGAUUCAGCUCUCGGAAUGGUACUCUGAGUUUUUCGAGAAGAAGCCGACGGCACACCUCGCCUCUGUGAACACGUCGCGCUGCAUCGAUACCGCGAUCGCGAUCAUGGAUGGACUCUCGAUUGACGAUUACUCGUUUGAACUGCUGGGAACGAUCCGAGUUCUCCCGAAUGAUGUGGACAGUUUAUUACCGCUGAUCGAGCAGAGCAAGACACAGGUCCUGCCUCCGUGUCUUGACGCAGCUCUGGAGAAUAUUGAGCUCGGAACCUUCACGAACUUCCCCGAAAGCUCAGCCGACGUAAUCCAUGCAGUCCUGAAACUCCUGCUGGCGGAUGCGGUCGACACCCUGAUGCAAUCGGGUUAUACAGGGAAAGUACUCGGAGUCGAUCUCGCCACAUGUGUUGGAGCGGGGACGAAAGUUAUGGGGGAAGAUGCCUUUGCACGCCUGACAGAUAUCUGCCGACCUUCGCAGUGCGUCGCUAUCAUUUCGAAACUCAUGGAUGACCUUCGAGCAUUAGCGAGUGAAAACAAGCCACCGAGGAAAAGCGUGAGCGUGUAUGGAUUGUCAGAUGUGCACAUCCUGGACCUACUACAGUCUCUCUUACCGCAGUUCAACCACACCAGACCCCAAUUCGGUGGCUACAUCCUCUUGGAGUUGCGAGGAGACGACGUGAGGAUUUUGACGGGUCAACAUGUAUCCAGUCAGCCGAAAGAGCGGGCAUCGCUGAAUAUACGAGAAGUCAUACACUUGCUACAGAACAGGGUCGGUCCUACCGUCUAAGCAGGAUACCGAAUCCACCCUACCAGCGCAGUGCUGGAAUGCUUACACGAAAUUCCCAUAUUCCAAAUAAAUC